UACGUCGCAUGAAUGGAUAGAUGGAAGAACGAGUGACUAACUGUUUCCCCCCGGGGGCAUUAAUGAUGACACGUUUACUACGGUCUACUGUAAUUUUUGCCGUCGCGUUCCCGGUGAAAAGCGGAUUUCCCGAUAUGAUAUAAUCGACGGAAGAACAAACGUACCGGCGAAUCAUGUUCCAUCGCGAUGGUGAAACUGCGACGUUCCUCUCGCUGCCCCGACGGCCGGACUGUCUCGUCGCGAUGAUGAUUUCCCAGCUCUGUCAAGGUAUAACGGGCGGUACCGGCUUUAUACGAGGUGCUGACAAAAUUAUCGCCAGCCCGCUAAUACGCGUGAGUAUGAAGUUCGUGGUAAACGGAUGUCUAUGUCGGAUGCUGCGACGCGAAGAAGAUUCUUUCGAUCGUCGAUCGUGCGGCGAAUCGAUCCUCGCGAAGAAUCUCGUAAUUUCGUGUCUUCUCCCGCAAAAAGGAAACAUCGAACUAUGAUCGUAGUCUUAUACAAAAAGCCUGACCAUUUCGACGUCUGACGAGACGUCCUUUCACGCACCCAUCCAUAUCAGUUUUUUCUUUAAUCAUCGUGAUUUCAUCAGCGCGAGGCGAUGUGGAAAGGACGUCAGUCCACUUCGUCAGGUACCUCGUCAGGUACCGUUCGACCAGCCAGGAGAAAUAUUUUACUUAUCGUUAGCGCGUUUCUAACAAUAUUACCGGUGAUGUUUAGCGAGCGGCUUAGCAACGAGUCCUGAACAACAAGCUAUAAAAGCGCUGCCCCGACUUCCCGAGUAGCUAGUCGGCGACGGAAAAUUAGAUUCCCUGCGCCGUCUGGAAAAUCCGUGGUCCGCUUCCAGAAAUGGCGCGUCUCAGCGUCCUCUUCAGCGUUCUCUGCUCCUUCGCAAUCUUGGCGGCAUUCCCGGCUUCAUUAGCGUCGACGACCGAAAAUCCGAGAGGCAACGCGGUGCAUCGUACCGGCCCGUCGAAGAACACGGAAGACGAAUCAGACUGUCCUUGGAGCCACGUCGGCCACGUGGAAAAAGCAUAUCAAGCCGGGGAGGAGUUCACGAAAGAUUCAUCGCGUUUUAACGAGGGUCCGAGUGAAAAAGUGCGACGCUCGAGGUAUUCCGAGGGUCGCCGAGAAGACGACGUUUCCCGAUCGAGUCAUCAGCGAAGACCGGUCGUAGAUUUAUCGUCGCACGAUAUCUUACCGAAUCCCGAUCUGAUAUCGGCCAGCCAAGCCGGAAAGAGCACUGGGGAUCACGGAAAUCCCGCGUCGCCGGUCAAAAGCACCUUCGGCGAUGAUGUCGAGCGUAGAAGCAUCGAUUCGCUACGGCGGCGGGGUCCAGAUCUCCAGGACGAUAUCGCGGUAGCCGAAGAUAGAUAUCGACCUCAAUAUCCUUACCGGUAUCAACAGCAAUACCCCAAUCAAAGGUAUCGGGCGAACGACAGGAGGGAUCCUUAUCGGAACAACUAUUUGAGAUAUCCCGUAUUUCCGGGGAGAUAAAUUUCCCGGGGAGGCUCUCCUCUGCUUCGAAUAAAAUGUAGAUUUGCACAACCAAGGUCGAAAAGUAGAAAUUGAUAGAGUGAUAAGUAGAACAAACGAUAAAUAAAAUAGAACAUGUUCUCGG